AUGGACCAAGUGAUUGGACAAGGGAUGCCCUACGAAUACAUCGAACAAGCGUUGUCCUUUCGGAAGUCCGCUUACUUCUUUUCCCGAAUCGCAAUGGUUCUCGAAUUUGUCUCCUUUGUUAUGCUAUGGACCAUGUAUAUCAACCCGGAAGAGGUCAGAAAGAUGAAAUGUGCAGCCUGGCCGUACUUCUUCGACAAUAUUGCGAAUUUCUUGAACAUGAAUGGCACUCUAUUGUUUAUCAGUGGUGCUUCGAUCGUGAUGAACUGUCUGUCUGGAUCUCUCCGACGAUUCCAUGAGUUCUCUCAUCGGAGAACUAGGCAAGGAUUCGUUGUCUUCGGAAAUCUAUUUUUUCUCGCCACAGACCUUUUCAUACACGUAAUCCUUGCUGUGGAGUUGUUUGAACAGAAGGAAGGACUAUAUGAGGCAUUCGUGUUUUUUACUAACGACAUCAUGCAUUCCUGCGUGAUUCCUGGGAAAAUGAUUCGCAGUGUGGUUGCAAUCUACGUCUACUGUUUUCUAAUCGUUUGUAGAAGCAUGUUGAUGCUCCACACCUCCAUCAUUUCUCUGAACUGGCUUUGGGCAUACAUACGCCACUUCAACCCUUACGAGCUCUACUACCGCUAUCUCGAAUGGAGAAGAGCGUUUUUGAACGGCCGGCUUCUCGUUCCCUCAAGUCCUUCUUCCGACAGUGUUGUUCUCCAUCGUCCACCGCUCCUAGGAUUGGCAAGAGCUCGAAUGGGUUUUCCACCAACAUACGAGGAUAUGCUGGCCUACGACAAUGCACCUCCAGCAUAUCAGGCAGAGGAUUCUGAAGUUGCAAUUGGAAACAGUCCAGCUGAUAGUGAGGAGAGCUUCUACGAGAUCAUGGCAAACGAUGAGGGCUUGAAUGAAGAGGAGGAAGAAAUCAACAAUCCGGAGGAAGAUGCUCAUUCCGAGCAACGCUCGAACGACAACUCAAUUUCUGGAAAUAUCGAGGCGAGCUUCUACGACAACAUGUCGAAUGAUGAGAUUUUGAAUGAAGAGAAUUUGGAGGAACAAAUUACCAUCUCGGAGGAUCAGAUUAUCACUUCGGCGGAAGAUGCAGGAGAUAUCGUGGCACACGUCUGA